AUGCUGGAAAGACUUGUGCCCUCUCUAGGAAAUGGAGGCAUGUCUGGACUAGGGUUCCCCAGCUUGUGUUCGAUAGCAAUUUUGGAGCGGUCGAUCCGCAACUUACUGACCCUUCGUUUUACAUGUCGAGGAUUUUCGAGGUCCCUACUAGCACAUGAAGGGCCAAUCUCCAACUUCACCCUCAAAAUCCCAGGAUUAAGUGGCCCUCGCCAGAUAGAUCGCUUGCUUCUUCACCUGCCUAAGAAAAAUGUCCAGGACUUGACCCUCUACUCUACUGUACGGAUUACAAGCUCCAUUCCUGCUUCUUCUCUUUGUUUCUCUGAGUUGAUUCACCUUUUUUCUUUCCUGUUAUCUGUUCAAAGUUCCUGCUUCAUUUGGAGGAUUUAG